AUGGGCAUGGCUCGUCAAAGUGAAACCCUAGAUAAUUCUAUAGACAUGGAUGGAUCUUUGAUUGGGGUAUUGGGUUCUGAUUUGCAUUUAGAUGCUGUUUUGGGGGCAACUGAUACUGAUUUUAAUCAUUAUUUGGGUUUCGAUGGAUCAAUUGAGGAUGUGAAUCCUGUUGUUGAAGGAGUUUCUACUCAAGAUAUUGAGAGUCAGAAGAUUGAGCUGGGUGGAAAUGAAGCAGCUUUGCAAAUAUUGGAUGAGAAGAAGAAGGUGGUUAGUGAAAUACUGGAGAAACAAGUGAUGAGUGAUGUUAUUGCGGUUGAGUUAGAUGAAGGGAAAGUUGGCAUUUCUGACAAGAUUGAUGAUUUGCAUAUAGAUGGUGUUUUGGGGGCAAGUCAUGCUGAUUUGAAUCAUGAUUUGGGUUUUGAUGGAUCAAUUGAGGUAGUUAAAGACGUGAAUCCUAUUGUUGAAGGAGUUUCUGUGUUUGAGGGUUCUCAAGAUGUGAGGUUCUUAGAAGGUAACAUUGAGAAUGAGAUGAUUGAAAUGAGUGGAAAUGAAGCAGCUUUGAAAACAUUGGAUGAGAAGAAAGUGGUUGUUAGUGAAAUAUUGGAGAAAGAAGUGAUGCGUGAUGUUGUUGAGGUUGAGUUCGAUGCAGGCAAAGUUGGCAUUUCUGAGAAGAUUGAUUCACAUGAAGAGCUAGAAUUUAGUGAUGCCGAAGAAGUAAAAGUAAAAGCAAAAGAUGGAAAAGUCAUAAAGCAUGUCUCCAUGAAGAGUUCGGGAAAAAGUUAUCAAGCGAGUUAUCAGCUUCCGGUAGAAAAAGAAGGGAAGUUUUCUAUGAAUGAUUUGGUUUGGGGGAAGGUGAGAAGUCACCCGUGGUGGCCAGGACAAAUAUUUGAUCCGUUGGAUUCAUCUGCAGAGGCAAUGAAGCAUUUUAGAAAGAACCGCUAUUUGGUAGCGUAUUAUGGGGAUGGGACAUAUGCGUGGAAUGAAGCGUCUAAGCUGAAGUCAUUUAGGUCACAUUUCCCUUAUAUUGAAAAGAAUAAAAAUUCGGAAGUGUUCCAGACUGCUGUAGAUUCUGCUUUGGAUGAAGUCAAAAGACGAGUAGAAUUUGGGCUGGCAUGUUCCUGCAUACCGAAAGAUACUUAUGAGAAGAUUAAACACCAGACUAUAGAAAACUGUGGGAUUCAACAAGAGCCAAGUUUCAUAAACAGAGUUGACGAGGCUUUAAGUGUUAGCUCCUUUUUACCUGAGAAGCUUAUGCAAUACUUGAAAGAUUUGUCCAAGUUUCCAACUGGAGGCUUUGAUCGAUUGGAGCUUUUAAUAGCUAAGGCUCAGUUACUUGCGUUCUAUCGUUUAAAGGGUUACUCUUACUUGUCUGAAUUCCAAUAUUUCAGAGGUUUGGACAAUGAUAUCAACCUUUCAAUUAACGAUGCUGAUAAAAGAUUGAGUGAAGUUAAUGAACACACAAUUCAUGUGGGUGAAAUUGGCGAUCAAAUUGGUACUGGAGAUUCAAAAGCCACAAACCUUUCCCGUCGCAAGCGUAAACAUAAACUCAAGGAUGAUGCCUAUCCAGCAAAAAAGAAAAGCUUGUUAGAACGAGCAAGUGUGACUCCAGAUUCUACCCAUGGUGAUUAUCAGAAUGACAAGGCCAUUGCUAAUAUGCCGUACCCUGUGCUUUCCAAGAAACGAAAGACGAUUAAUCUUUACGCUGAUGUCUCAGGGAUGAAAAGCAGAAAAAAAACUAUUUCCCUUGAAAAAAGUUCAAACACCACAAUACAAUCAUUUAAAAUUGGUGAAUGUAUCCGUAGGGUUGCUAGCCAACUUACUGGGGGGCCGUCUUUAUUGAAAUGUUCUGGGAACAGAUCUCAGACGGCAGAUGGAAAUGCAGAUAGUUUUUCAGGAAAUAAAUCUGAUUCCUUCUCUCCUAAUCUUGAGGGGACUCAGAAGUCAAGCUUGAAUAUUCCUACAGAGGUUUCAUCUCUAGAUGAUUUGCUAUCUUUACUUCAGCGUGUAGCACAAGAACCAAGAGGAGAUUAUAGUUUAUUGAAUGUUAUAGUGAGUUUCUUCUCUGACUUUAGAAAUUCAAUCGUAAUUGCCGAUGAUUCUGAGAAAGAAAUCUUACCUACAAAUGAAGUUAGCACAAAAAGGAAGAAACAACACAUCGGUGAAUCUCCUGAAACACUCGACGCUGAUGAUCUGAAAGACACACAUUGCAUACAGAAUGGUUCUGAAGAACUAAAAUCACAGAGAAGAAGCAAACUAGACCAUCAGCAGCAUGCCAUCUCUGAACAAGAAAAACCUGUUUAUGUGUAUACCCGUAGGUCAUAUUCCAAGAAACAAUGUUUUGAUAGCAACCAUGCUGAGGUUCCUGAAAAGCCAUCUGGUUAUAUAGAUGAGAAAUCCCCAGCUGAACUUGUUUUGAACUUUGCAGAGUUGGAUUCUGUUCUCUCAGAAACAAGCCUAAAUAAUGUUUUAAAGCAUUUUGGACCUCUAAAGGAAUCUGAAACAGAAAUUGAUAGAGGAACUAACCGGGCAAGAGUGGUUUUCAAGAAGUGUGCUGAUGCGGAGGUUGCUUUCAGUAGUGCUAAAAAGUUCAACAUAUUUGGACGAAGUCAUGUUGAUUACCAGCUUAACUACUUACCAAGUGCAUUUUUGAAAACUGCAUCUUUUUCCAAAACGCCGGAUGAGGAAAUGCAUUUUAAUCUUUCCAAUGUUGAGCUUAAUAUGGUCUGA